UACUCACUCCCAGCCUUCUGAUGUUACUAGUCUAUCUAAGGCUGAAUAUAACAAGCUGAUUGUGUUUCUGAAAAGGGCUAAUCUACCUGAGACAUCUUUUUCGCCCUUUAUUCCACAUAUGGAAUCAACAAAUUUUGCUGUUGGUUGAACAAUACGAUGUCAUGUUACAAUUUACCAAAUCUGGUUGCGCCCCUUCUCUGCGGAAGCCAGUGGUGCUUGGUAGACCUGAUGGUGGCAUGUACAAGUUGAUCAGCUGUCCAGAUUCCUCUGUUGCUUUUAAUUCUUCUGCUAUCCCUUUUACUUUCUCUCCUUCACAUCAUGCACGUCACAAUUCUUCUGUUAGUUUUGAUACUGUUCCUACUGAUCCUACAUGUAAUAAGAAAGAUAUUUUGUGGCAUUAUAGACUUGGACAUGCUCCUUUUUCUAAAAUGAUUUGUAUAUCUGAUAUUGGUGAUUCUUUAUCUAGUAAACAAUCUUUUACUUGUCCAAUAUGUCCUCUUUCUAGACAAUCCAGAUUGCCUUUUGGUGAUAGUAUCUCUCAAUCUUCUUCUCCAUUUGAUCUUAUCCAUGUAGAUAAUUGGGGACCUUACUAUAAUUCUACUUAUAAUGGUUUUUGAUAUUUCCUCACCAUAGUUGAUGAUUACUCUAGGGCCACUUGGACUCAUUUAAUGGGUGCCAAGAGCAAUGCCUUUGACCUUCUCAAAUCUUUCAUUGCUUUAGUUGAGACUCAGUUUCAUGCUAAAGUAAAGACUGUUCGAAGUGAAAAUGCUCUAGAACUUGGAUCCUCCUUAGUUGGUUCACAAUUUUUUUCUUCUAAAGGAAUAAUUCAUCAAACUUCAUGUCCUUACACUCCUCAACAGAAUGGAGUGGUUGAAAGGAAACACAAACAUCUCUUGGAAACUGCUAGAGCUUUACUUUUCCAGUCUUACCUUCCUAUUAAGUUUUGGGGGGAUUGUCUUUUGACUGCUACAUAUCUUAUAAAUAGGUUUCUUCUCUUUUAUUACAUAACAAAAGUUCAUUUGAGGUACUUUAUAACAAACCUCCUUCUUAUUCUCACCUUAAGACUUUUGGGUGUUUAUGUUAUUCAACUGUUCCUAUUCCUCAUAGGGAUAAGUUUCAACCUAGAGCUGUCCCUUGUGUUUUCAUUGGUUAUCCUUUUGCUAAGAAAGGUUACAGAGUUUAUAACCUUGUCUCCAAAUCCUAUUUUGUCUCUAGGUAUGUAGUUUUUCAUGAAACUGUCUUCCUUUUUCUUUCCCAGUCUCCCUCUUCUGUCAUGUGCCCUUUUUUAUUUCAUUUUUUUGAUGAUCCUGUUCCUUCUGUUUUUCCUUCUUCUCCUGUUUCUGUCCCUACUCAUACUGAUUCUCCCAUUUCUGUCCCUACUCAUAUUGAUUCCACUCCUGCUCCCGUUGUCCCUCUUGUUCAAGCUAUUCCUCCCAGAAGAUCUUCCAAGAACACCAAUCCCCCUGGUUAUCUUAAAGAUUAUGUUUGUUACUCCUCUCUUCUACCUAGUUCCAGUUCUUUUCCUUUUUGUUCUUCUGUACUAAGUCAACAACAAGUGUUUGAGCCCCACACUUAUUCUUAGGCAGAUGGUUUUCCUAAAUGGAAAAAUGCCAUGAAACAGGAAUUUGCUGCUCUAGAUGCUAAUCACACUUGGAUUAUUGUUCCACUUCCUCAUGGGAAGAAACCUAUUAGUUGCAAGUGAGUUUAUAAAGUGAAAUAUAGGGUUGUUGGUUCUUUAGAAAGAUAUAAAGCUCGACUAGUGGUUAGAGGAGAUACUCAGGUUGAGGGUGUUGAUUUUCAUGAAACAUUCUCUCCUAUAGUCAAAAUGUCUACUAUCAAAUCUCUUUUGGCUGUGAUUGUGAAACACAAUUGGUCUCUUUUUCAACUUGAUGUAAAUAAUGCAUUUCUUCAUGGUGAUUUGUAUGAGGAAGUGUACAUGAAAUUGCCCCCGGGUCUUACUGUUUCCUCUACUUCCCCUUCUCCUUUGGUUUGUAAACUCAAUAAGUCUUUAUAUGGACUUAGGCAAACGUCUCGCUUGUAGUAUGCCAAGAUGUCUCAUGCACUUCAUUCUAGGGGUUAUUAUCACUCUCUUAAUGACUAUUUUCUUUUCACAAGAGGUUCUGGUUCUUCUCUUGUGCUCCUGACUGUUUACGUAGAUGACAUCAUCUUGACUGGUACUGAUCUCGAGGAGAUUUCUAAUCUCAAAUUAUUUUUGCAUGACCAAUUUAAAAUUAAAGAUCUGGGUUUGCUGCAUUAUUUCCUUGGUAUUGAGGUUUUCUAUUCUGGUUCUGGAAUUCUUUUACAUCAAAGCAAGUUUAUACAUGAUUUGCUUAAAGAGUAUCAUUGUGACACAUCUUCUUCACUGCCUCAACCUGAUAAGUACAGAAGUUUGUUGGGAAAAUUUAAUUUUCUCACUCACACCAGACCUGAUAUGUCUUUUACGGUACAACACCUAAGCCAGUUCAUGCAACAUCCUUGUGUUCCACAUAUGAAGGCUGUCAUACAUCUUUGCGCUAUCUCAGGGGCACUCCUACUCUUGGUUUGUCUCUGUAGGUUUAUAGUGAUAGUGAUUGGGCCUUAUGCCCUGAUAGUAGACGGCUUUUGUGUGUUGUUUGGUGGGAGUUUGAUUAGCUGGAAGGCUAAAAAUAAACCUGUAGUUUCUCUUUCUUUAGCUGAGUCUGAAUAUCGGUCUGUGAGUAAGGCUGUGGGUGAGAUUACUUGGCUGUCUCAUUUAGUGUCUGAUUUUUGGUUGUCUUCAUCUCUACCCAUUCCUGUUUUCUAUGAUAAUCAGUCAGCCAUUCAUAUUUCCAAGAAUUCAGUAUUUCAUGAACUAACGAAACAUAUUGAGUUGGAUUGCCAUUUCGUUCGCACCAAGUUUGGAAAUGGUUUGAUCAGCCUACAUCAUACUCCCAGUUCCUCUGAGCUGGCCGAUAUCUUCACUAAAAUUUUGCCCUGCGCAGCCCACCAUUCUCAUCUUCUCAAGUUGGGUGUUUUGUCAACCUCCAACUUGAGGGGGGUGUUGAGACUUUUGUACAUAGAGACAUACAAAGAAUUGGGACAAGUGUAAUAAAUAGUGGCAUGGGUUAAAUAGUUCUACAGUGGCCCAAAUUUUGAUUUUGAUCCAUUUUGUAUUUAAUUCUCUCUAAUUUUCGGAUCUUGUAUAUAUAGGAUUGGGCCCACACUAAACAAACGGUUGGAGCUCAUUUUCAUUUCUACGCUCUGAGAAUGAAUAAGAUUUUUCUCUGAACACGUUCUAGAAA